AUGUCCAAAGACGUAGAAAUGAAGUCUUCGCCCGAGGCCGCCGUCGUCUCAAAGAAGGAGCGCCGCGAGAAAAAAGAUAAGAAGGAAAAAAAGGACAAGAAACGGGCAAGAUCCGAGUCGAUGAACGAAGUCGACAUGGGCGACGCUAGCGAAGAAGCAGCAGCAGAAGCAGAGACACCCAGGAAGCGCAAGCGAGAGAUUCUACCCGACGAACUCGAAAUCGACGUCAGCCUCCCCGAGCCUGCCUCUAAGAAGGCCGCUCGCAAAGCAAAGAAAGCGAAGCUGAAUCCCACGCCCACCGCCGAUGCCGACAACACCGCAAAGACAGAGGGCGAGGAAAAGGAGGAAAAGGACACUGGAAAGCGAUCGGAAUAUGGCGUUUGGAUUGGCAACCUGCCAUGGUCUGCCACCAAAGAGUCGCUGCGCAACUUCCUGUGCGAAAACAGCGAGAUCAAGAGCGAGCAAAUCACCCGUGUUCACCUGCCCCCGCCCACGAAGCCCGCGAACCCCAAUUGGACCAACAAGCCUCUUAACAAAGGUUUCGCAUACGUAGACUUUUCCACCGAGCUUGCAAUGUAUACCUGCAUCGCCUUGACCGAGACCAAGAUGGACGGCCGCGCGUUGCUCAUUAAGAACGCAAAGAGCUUCGAAGGACGACCCGACAAGCCCAAGACGGAACAAGAAGACGGUGGCCGUGGAGCCAAGGGUGCAGGCAAACCCGGACAUCCCCCCAACAAGCGCGUCUUCGUCGGCAACCUCUCCUUUGACGUAACAAAAGAGGACCUAGAAUACCACUACGGCCAGGCGGGUGAAGUCGAGCACAUCCACAUGGCUACAUUCGAAGACUCAGGCAAGUGUAAAGGCUACGCAUGGGUUACCUUUAGCGACGUAGAAGCCGCAACAUGCGCCGUCAACGGCUUCGUCUACAAAGACCCUUCAGCCUUCAAGAGCAAGAAAGACAAGCACGACAGUUCUGAUGAGGCCGACACCAAGAAACCUGGCAAGAAGCGCAAAUGGCUACUCAACAAAAUCGCCGGCCGCGAAGUUCGCUGCGAAUUCGCUGAAGACGCAACAACACGGUACAACAAACGCUACGGCAAGGAGAAGCCCGCUGACGCCGUCGACGGCGUUAGUCCCGAUCGCUGGAAGAAUUUCGGUAACAAGGGAAGCGGUGGUGACAGGCGGUUUGGCAAACAGGAGAAGAGUGGUGGGAAGCCCGAUGGACGUGACUUCAAGCGCAAGGUGGAUCCUAGAACUAUCAGAAGUGGGGCUGCGCAUUCGAAUGCUCCGAGGGCUAGUCAAGCGAUUGUUGAAUCGCAGGGUAAGAAGACGACAUUUGAGUGA